GCUGAGGUGUACGGAGCCAGACUGGCAGCCAAGUAUCUGGACAAAGAGCUGGCUGGGAGGGUGCAGCAGAUCCAGUUGCUCGGGCGAGACAUGAAAGGACCAGCUCAUGACAAGCUGUGGAACCAACUUGAAGCUGAGAUUCACCUGCACCGCCACAAAACAGUGAUCCGAGCCUGCAGGGGGCGCAAUGAUCAUAAAAAACCCUUGCUAUCACCUGUGGGGCAUACAGGACUGACAUUUAUACACGCACCCACACUUCCAGACAUUCACACAGUUUUUUUUGUUGUUGUUCUGCAGAGGGGAGAAAUUGAGUUUGAGGUGGUUUACGUGGCUCCAGAGGUGGACUCUGACGAUGAGAACGUGGAGUAUGAAGAUGACAGCGGACACCGCUACCGUCUGUACCUGGACGAGCUGGAGGAGGGAUCAGAAGCCAGUCACAAUAAUGGCACUGCCGACCCCGCUUCCCUACAAG